AGAUUUAGUCCAACCCGAACGCCCUCGCCGUGGGACGGCGUCCGGAUAGCCGAUAAGUUUAGCCCGGUCUGCCCGCAACGGCUGCCGAAUGUAAAUAACGAAACCGCAGCUUUAGAUAAGAUGCCAAAAGGACGACUAGAGUACUUGAAACGUUUGCUACCUUUUUUAAUCAACCAGUCGGAGGAUUGUUUGUACUUGAACGUGUUUUCACCGGCACACGCCGCUCAAAGCGACAAGAAGCUACCUGUUAUAGUAUUUUUACACGGAGAAUCAUUUGAGUGGAACAGCGGGAACCCCUACGAUGGGACCGUGCUGGCCAGUUACGGAGAAUUAGUUGUAGUUACAUUGAAUUAUCGGUUAGGAAUCUUAGGUUUUUUAAAUGCCAAUCCAAGUCCGGAGAUACGGGCCCGGGUGGCCAACUACGGUCUGAUGGACCAGAUGGCGGCCCUGCACUGGGUCCAGCAGAACAUUGCCAAAUUCGGCGGUGAUCCGUCGAUCGUGACGCUGGCCGGUCACGGAAGCGGCGCAGCAUGUAUCAACUUCCUGAUGACUUCGCCAACCAUGGUGCCCGGGUUGUUCCAUCGGGCCAUCCUCCUGUCCGGGUCUGCCUACUCGUCCUGGGCCCUAGUGGAGGACCCCGUGAUAUACGCCCUGCGGCUGGCGAAAGAAGUCAAUUGCUCAAUACCGGAAGAUCUCAUCAAGAACCACGAACAGAUCGUGGACUGCUUGCGGGACGUCCCGCUGGAAGACUUAUUCGCGGCGGACAUCCAGCCUCCCAGCUUCCUCAGUGCUUUUGGACCAUCAGUAGACGGAGUGGUGAUCCGGCCGGGCCGAACCAAUCAGGACAUCGACGAAACGCCCAUCCGAGGUACAUCGAAACGGUCGCAAGGUGCAGCAGGUCGGUACGAUCUGCUCUUCGGAGUGGUGACCGGGGAAGCUCUGUGGCGGUUCAGUGCCGCCGACAUUCAGAGUGGCUUCGAGGGCGAACGCCGGGAUCGAAUCCUGCGAACGUACGUCAGGAAUGCCUACACGUACCAUCUGAGCGAAAUCUUCUACACAGUAGUUAACGAAUAUACCGACUGGGAACGAACCAGUACGCAUCCGAUCAACACGCGGGACGCCGCGGUGGCAGCUCUAUCGGACGCCCAGUUCGUAGCGCCCUUGGUGCACACCGGAGAUAUGCUGGCACCUACUCCGCCCCUUCCCGGACAGGAACCAUCCGGUCCCAAGUGUUUCUUCUAUGUGUUCGACUAUCAAACCAAGGACGGCGACUAUCCACAACGAAUGGGAACGGUGCACGGCGAAGAUUUGCCGUACGUGUUCGGUGCUCCGCUGGUCGAUGGGUUCAGCCAUUUUCCGCGGAACUACACCAAGUCGGAGGUGGCCUUGUCCGAGGCGAUCAUGAUCUACUGGGGCAACUUUGCCCGGACGGGGAACCCCAACGAGCACCACCGGCAGGAUUCCAUUCUCAUGGCGUCCAAGGAGCGGAACCGCUUCCGCAGCAUCAACUGGGACGAGUACGACCCGGUGCAUCAAAAGUACCUCGAAAUCGGCAUGAAACCCCGCAUGAAGAACCACUUCCGGGCGCACCAGCUUUCGAUCUGGCUCCGGCUGAUACCGGAACUGCACAAAGCCGGCAUGGAGGACGUGGUGGCGAGGCACAAUCUAUUCAAGAACCAUGACGACCUGGACAUCUACGAGGGCAUCGUCAAACCGAACCCACUGAGCCGGUUGUCCUUCCUGGAGCAGGAUCUCAAACGGAGGGGCAUGGGCGGCGGUGGGCCCCAGUACGGACAAUCACUGCACAGCAAUGUGGCCGGAAUGACGACGGUGGAGCCAUCGUUGCUAACGACUUGCAUGCCAGUUGGGAACUACACUGCCUACGCCCAUCCCACGUCAACCGUGCUGAAUGCAACCACGGACACCCUGGCCGGUCUAGAAGCGGCCGGAUAUGCGGCAUACUCGACCGCUCUCAGUGUGACCAUUGCCAUCGGGUGCAGUCUGCUGAUAUUGAACGUGCUGAUCUUUGCCGGAGUGUACUAUCAGCGGGACAAGACCCGGCUCGAGGUGAAGAGCCUGCAGAAGCAGUACCAACAGCGAGGCGGGAUGCACCAGCAGGGCCCAUUUGAUCCGAUUAAGCAUGCCCACUACCACCUCGGUCACUCGCAGUCCGCCAACGUGAUAGUGGACGUGGAAAACCACGACACCGGAGCGCUGAUACUGGCCAGCGAUGUGAAAUCGCCCCAUAUCUGCUCCAACUCGAUGCAGAUCAACGUAAUGAAGAGCGGGUCGCCGGGCAACGACGGGCGAGGCGGAGGAGGUGGACCGGGCGAUGCUGGCUGUAACGUUCCAUCGGGUCAAACCGCAAAUAAUGCAAAAAUCCCACUGGCCAAUAACACCUCGUACAAACCCCGAACCGAGCACAUUACGAUACCAAUCAAAAAUUCAACCUUCACCGGCGGGACCGGGAUGAUGACGCUGCCCAAACCGGGCACGGUGCACAUCCCGAUGAGCUACAACCGGAACGAGUGCAUGACGUUGCCACGGAACGCCGGCGGUGGCAUUAGCACGUCCAGCACCAACACAGAGGCUCAACAAAUUAAACUACCGCCAAACGGAACUGCGAUCGGUAUCCACAUGCGUUCGAACGCGGCGGCCACCCUCGGCAGGCCGCAAUCCUGUAGUAAUAGUUCACCGGAACAGCACCGGCUGCCACUUCACUCGUCAUCAUCGACAUCGAUGCAGCAUCCGGGUGGGGUCGCGCCGCCACCUCCCAGCAUCGCCGCCCACCAACACUCGCAUCAGCAUCAUUCGCAUUCGCAUUCUCACUCACAGCAGCAACAACAGCAGCAGCAGCAGCAUGAUCCCGGGACACAACUACAAAAUCUCAAAGGGCAGCAGCAACAGCAACUGCCCCAAGCGGCCAUGAGUGAAAUGCGUGUUUGAUUGCAUUUUGCCUCCUCCUGCCCUGACUGACAACGACAACGAGGACAACUUCCGAUGACGGCAGUGAUGGAUGAUGACUACCAUGACGACGGUGGCGACGGCCACCAUGACGACGGCUACUACUACUACUACGGUGAUGAUGGUGAAAUUGUUUAAUGUUUUAUUUGUAAUGCCCACGGGCAGCAGUGACCCCGUCCCCCGCCCCCCUCGUGGAGGAAAGUAAUGGGCGGACACGGUGGGCUUUCAUUACUGCAACUUCCUGGUGCUCUUUUCAUUGUUCAUCUAAUACACGCUCUAUCACACUCACAUACACACCCAUUUCCGAACUCUUGUUGAUUGAUUAUUGGUGUUUGUUAAAUGGGGGGAAAAACGGGUCAAUGUGCAAGUGGGAUAGGUGGACAGUGGGAUAAGGAGGUCAAAAUGUGGUCACAUUUAUAUCCGAAAGAAGUGGAAGUCAGUGUUCUCAUUUAGAUA